UGUCGCAAUGGUCUGCAUUCCUUGCAUAGUCAUUCCGGUUCUAUUGUGGGUUUACAAGAAGUUCUUGGAGCCUAUCUUGUAUCCUUUCAUCUCUCCCUUUAUUUCCCGCCUAUGGCCUAAGCAAGCAGUGAAAGAGGAAAUUGCUACACCAAAAACAGAAGCAUGUAAUGGAAUAAUUAAGUCAUCCGCAGAGGAAUAA